AUGUGGAAAACUAAGAAAAGGAUCAUCAUACUACCUACAGAUGUCAGUAAUAAAAUCACAGGCCUCACAGAAGUUCAACUUCUGGAGAUGGCAAUAGCCGCUUCAUUAUUGACUGAACAACAGUGGCAUACAGCUGCAUGCUCCUCCAUUUGUCCUUUAUUCUCUCUCCAAGCAAAGCGUUUGCACCGUGACACUAAUAUAUUGUGGUGGUGCAGCUUCUGUGAUGAACUUUGCUAUGCCGGAAUUUGCCCUCGUUUUCAAAUAAUUGGGAGUUUCAAAAGCUACAGAAGAGAGAAGUUAAAAGGAGGCUUGGCUGUUGAUGAGCAUCGACCCGAGCUCUGUCCUUGUGAAAAUUUGGGCCUAUUUUUAUGUGCCUUAAAGAAGGCCUAUAUCGCAGGCUUUCUUUUAGACCCUCGGCCAAAACACAGAGCUGGGCUAGGCCUCCUGAAAGCCUAG